GAAGUAUAGUCUUCCACUCUCCACAACCAAAAUUUUUAUGUGCCAAUCGCUAUACUGUCGUUGGGAUGAUGGGCAUAGUGUUUAAACUUGUCCUUUUGAUUCUCAUGCUUUGCCCCCUGACAAUCAACUCAAGCUUUCAGUACCUUACUUUUGUGCAACAAUGGCCGAAAGGCUAUUGUACAGCUAAUCCAAGCAGAUGUCAAAGAAACCCUCUACCAACUGUUUUCACAGUCCAUGGUCUUUGGCCGGGCAACUUCACCAAAAUUUUGCAAAAUUGCACAAAAUCUGCAUAUACUCCACUACAGAAUUUCCAGGAUUGGAACAAUAGAAACUUACGGUGGCCAGACCUCGCCAAACCAUCGCCAACUAUGCAAAAUUUUAAACAGCCGAGGUUUCAAUCAUUUUGGGAACAUGAAUGGACAAAGCAUGGGACGUGCUCGGAAAACAUGUAUCCCCAAGCUACAUACUUCAGCAGGACUAUUCAGCUCAGUCAAGGACAUAAUAUUUUGAACUAUCUUGCCACAGGCAACAUAUCUCCCGGCAGCAAUCCUACCGUAAGGUCGGUAAAUUCUACUAUUUACAGAGCUAUCAGUAACCAUGUGCCAGAUUUGAUGUGUGUGACUCCUCCCCGUCAAACUCCAGCCUUGGUAGAAAUUGGCAUUUGUUUCACUGCUACUAUGACAACGAUUAUUGAUUGUCCUUCACAAUUUCUGCGAACUGGGAGUUAUGGCACCGGCACGAUAAGUUUCCCUGCAUAAAUCAUCUCACCAUUUCCACCACACUUUAGUACUUCUGAUUUAAAAAUGGCAUUGAACAUCGUUAUUGUGAUGGAAGAUCAUGUAAUAAAUCAAAUUAAUUCUGAGAUGAAGUGUGUGAAACAAGAAUAAUGAAGACAAGUAAAAGUUACAACAUUACAAGAGAGCUAUUAUGGUAUUAUUGACUCGCUGUCGGAUUUCAUUCAUUGUCAGCAUUUACUUUUCAAACUGAAGCAUUAAACUAAUUCAAUCA